GUCGUCUACCUCGAGGAUCUCGAAGGGCCUAUAAAGGCCGCAAAGGAGAACGUGAAGCGCGACGCGUCGCAGUCAUCGAAGCCAUCUCCGGCCAAGUCAGAUUCAUCCGAGCGAAAGACGCAGACGGGCGCAACAAAACGUCAAAUGACGCUCAAGGAUAUGUUACCUUCCGGGUCAUCUACUCCCAAGACACCAGUCGCGAAGAAAGCUCGAACGGCACUAUCUGCCAACCCGUCUCUCAACUCUAUCCCUUUCUCUCUCUCCGACUUCCAGAGUACGUUCUCAGAUGAGGAGAAGAAGCUGCUUGCUUUGGAAUGCCAGACCAUGGGAAAGAGCUGGCUGAAGCUUCUCAAAGACGAGAUUCGGCAACCGUACUUCAUGAAGCUGAAAAGAUUCCUUCUUGAGCAAGGGGUGAAGGGCCCAGAUGAUAGUGCUCCGAACUUGAAGGUAUACCCAGCACCGAAGAACAUUUAUGCAUGGUCGAACCUAACCCCUCUGGGUAGAGUGAAGGUCGUCAUAAUUGGUCAAGACCCGUACCAUGGCCCCGGACAAGCUCACGGUUUGUGCUUCUCAGUUCCGCCGGGCGUCUCCGUCCCACCUUCCUUGCGGAACAUCUACGCUGAGAUUAAGUCCGAGUAUCCUUCGUUCGAGCCACCAAAGCACGGCACGCUGACCACUUGGGCUGAGAACGGUGUCUUGCUGCUCAACACAGCUCUGACUGUGAAGGCCAAUGAGGCGGGUUCCCACUCUAACCAGGGCUGGGAGCAGUUCACCGAUAAAGUCAUCGACGUAGUCGACCGUUUCGGUGGCGCAAACCUUGGCGACAAGAACAGCGCAUCUGCCGGUCGUGGUCGUGGCAUUGUCUUUUUGGCAUGGGGCGCGUGGGCGGCCAAACGCAUUGCGAAGCUUGACAAGAAAAAGCAUCUCAUCUUGACCAGCCCUCACCCGUCCCCGUUGAGCGCUCACCGUGGAUUUUUGGGCAACGGUCAUUUCAAGAAAGCCAACGACUGGCUCGAGGAAAAGUAUGGUGCUGAUGGCUGUGUCGACUGGACCAACCUGUGAUCAACCACACUGCGUUUCGCCCGCUCGCGCCCAUGUUUGAUCGUCGAUGUCCGCAUUGUAUAUGAAUGAUAAGCCAACUUCUUGGGUUACUGCUGCGCUCCCGGACCUACAUCUCCCAUGACCGCUAUGUAUAUAUUCUAAUCUUGUCUCCUGCGACGGCGCUCGGUCGCUAGUCGGAGUUCGACCUCGACCUCGACCACCCGCAGUCGUCUCCUCCAACGUCAUCGAAACACAAACUUCCGGCAUCCCGCGCGGUGUCUCCUCGAGCUCGGGUCUCUGCCUGUCGACUCAACACCUCUUGAUGAGCCCUUUUCGGGCACCUGUCGACAGGUGGCAGCGCAAGCGCGCUCGUACCGCCGCCAGGGUCGCGCCCGGGUUCCUGCGCGCGCGCGCCCAGUGCAGCGUGGCCACCUCGAGCGUGUGCGCCGGCGGCCCGUGGCGAAACAUGCAUUGCUCCCGCCCUCGUCCGGUCGAUCUACUCGCCGGGCGCACCCUCUGCGCCCCCGUCAGACGUCCUGAUCCCGACGCGCCCUUGUACUCAACGGUUGUCCCGCUCCUCACCGCCGUCAAUGCUCCGGUGCCUCGAUGAUGGAUACUGCUUCUCGCUCUGCUGUUGUCGCUGUCGCUGUCGCUGUCACCACUCGCCUUCUCUCGCCUCGAUCACGCCCACGCCCCCAACCGCCUCCUUGUACGUACCACCCCCCGCUCC